AUGGCAGAGCCAUGGCUCGCAGCAGCAGCUGCAGUCGAGGCGGUGAAGGAUAGAGGCAGUCAGUGGCGAGUGGGUAGAGGCAGCAGGCAGGUAGGCAUGGGAGAGAAGAGCGAGACCGUAGAAAAUGUGUGCCUCCUCUCCCGACACCCCUCUCCUCCUGCCAACCCCUUUUUCCCUCCAGUUUCUUUCAUUUACAUCCCUCUCUCCCACCCAAUUCUCAACCCUCCUUCCUCCUCCCUUUCCAUUGCCCCAACAAUUACUCCCUCUGCCCUCCCUUCCUUAUUCCAUAUGUUCCUCCCCACAACCAUGCCCAACACCCCCCGCCACCCCAUUCAUCUAAUCGUGCCGUGCCCUUCAUCCCAUCAUGCUAUGCCCCUUCCUACAUCACCCCAUGCACGAGCCAACUGUCUCUCCCUCUCCCGCAUCCUCCACCUCUGCCCUCCUUCACCUCCCCACUUGCUCCCCCACCAUCUCACCAUAGCCAUCGCACCAUCCGGCACCACGUCUCCCUCCCUCCCACAUCACCCAAUCUUCCCCUCCAUGCCCCUAUCGCCCUCCUCUCCUGCUCAUAUUUUUGCCCCCCUGUACUCUCUGCACCUCCCCCCUACCUCCGCGCGCGCUGCUCGCAGCAGCCGCUUCGCCCUGGAGGCAUGGCGACGCCCCGCCUUCUUUCCUUACAUGGACUCACCGACUAACGCCCCUACUAAGACCGCCCCGCCUUCUUUCCUUACAUGGACUCACCGACUCACACCCCUACCGCACUCACUGAAUCCGCACCUGCUUAUCCCACACCUACUUUUGCGCCAUGGACUCCCGUCCCUAUGCCGUGGCCGCACUGUUCGCCCCCACAGCAGCACGGUAGAGGCUGCUGACGUGGCGGAGGUGCGCGAGAGGCUGCAGGCGAAGCUGGGCGAGGCCGGGCUGCUGGGUGCCUCGUGGCGGUGUUUGAGGAGUGACGAGCAGAGGAAGGAGGAGCCCAUCUCCUCCCCCUUCCUUGCCCUUCAUCCGCGCCUGCCGUGUGCUGCUUCUUGGGACCACUUCGCCUUGGUGUCGCAAGCGCCAGGGGCAAACGGGCGGUGGGCGCAGCGGCAGGGCGAAGGCGGGGCAAGCAGAGGGAGGAGUGAGACACAGCAAGUGUGGGAGGGGGUAGCAAGCGGGGGCGGGCAAGAAAGGGAGGAAGGAAGGGGGAUUCAACAGCAGCAGGGGGGAACGCGCAUGCGGGCGGCAGUGGUGGCGCAAAUGGUGGCAUGGGUGUGUCCAGCACAGCUCCUCAGCACCACUGUCUCCUCUGUUUCUCACAUUCGUCUCACCAGGCAGGAGCACGGAGAGGGGGGGAGUGCUUGGAACCGCCCCGCCAGUGCCCACAGCGGCGGCGGCGGUGGCAUGGUGGGGAGCAGCGUGGAUUGCAGUCACAGCAUCAGCGAGGUGAUGGGGCAGCGCAGCCUUGACAGCAGCGGCAGCGGCGUGUGCUGCAGAGACAGGGCAGCGUGCCCGGUUAGAAAUGGGUUGACAGCGCUCAAAGAGGGUAAGGCGGCACAAGGAGCUGACCACCCUCCUGCUUUCGUACAAAUCCUUUCAACCCCCCACCCCCGACCUUUUUCUUCUUCCCCCUUCCGCUCCCCCUUCCUCCCUUUCUUCCCCUCCAUCCCCUUCCCCUCCGUCCCCUUCCCCUCCGUCCCCUUCCCCUCCCCUCCUAUAUUCUUCUCUUUUCUGACCUUCUCAUCUCGUAUCCUUCCUACCACUCCCUUCCUGUCAUCCCCUUUUUCUCCCUCAUCUCUCCCUUCUCAUCUCCAACUCCUCCACUCACCAGAUUCAGCUCCCUCAGUGCCGCGCUCAUCCUCCCCAUCCUCCCCGCAUGCCUUCCACCUGUCAGCAUCUCAUUCGCACAACUCCAUUGUGCCGUCCUCUGCCCGUCAUCACCCUCCCAUCUACACCUCCACCAUCCCACUGAAGCAGCAGCACCAUAGCCAUGGCACCUUCAGGCAGCACCUCUCGCACCUCCCACAUUACCUGCUCCCCGCAAUCCCGCUCUCUCUCCCUCUUCACCCACCUCAUACUCCAACCACCCGUCCCCACUCCUCCCCCCUUCAGCUCCCCCCUUCCCCUCCAGUGUGGAUGGUUGAUGGUGGCAGAAGUGUGGCACCACACUCCAAUCGACUUUCGAAACCUUUUACUCUCAACGUUCCCCCCUCCACCCCACCCCCCCCACCCCCCCACCACCCCCCCCUCCCCCCCCCGCACCUUCCGUUCCCCUUCCCUACUCAUACUCUCUCGUUCCAACCCGCCAUCUCCCUCAUUCUCCCCAAGGGGAAGGGACAGAGAGGGAGGGACAGAGAGGGAGGGACAGAGAUGUAG